UUUAACGCAAACAAAGCAAAAAGCAAACCCUUGCAGAAAGAAACACACAGCACAUAACACUUUAGGUUGAUUUGAAUUUAACUUAUCGUCGCAACUUUCGUUCCCGCCAUUCAUUUCUAUCUCACAAUGGAACCCGCAACUUCUUCUUACAAGAUUAUAUUGGGUUCAUCCUCCGUUGCACGCCGCAAGAUUUUAUCGGAAAUGGGUUACGAAUUCACAUUAAUGACUGCGGAUAUCGAUGAGAAGAGCAUCCGAAAGGAUACUCCAGAAGAGUUAGUUACGGCCCUAGCCGAAGCCAAGGCUGAUGCCAUUAUAUCCAAACUUCAAACUACUGGUAAUCAAGAGAGGGUUGACGAACCAACGCUUUUAAUUGCCGCUGAUACAGCAGAAGCCAUCUUACAAAGGCUCCCUGUUGGUGACUACUUAAAGGAUGCCGAGCCAACUUUAUUAAUUACUUCUGACCAAGUGGUGGUCUAUGAAGGUGUGAUUAGGGAAAAGCCAUCUAGCAAAGAAGAAGCUCGGCAAUUCUUGAAAGAUUAUUCUGGAAGGCAAGCAGCAACUGUGGGAUCUGUAUUAGUUACAAAUCUCAAAACAGGAUUGAGAAAAGGUGGAUCAGAUCGUGUGGAGAUUUAUUUCAAUGAAAUACCAGAUGAAAUCAUUGAGAAGCUGGUUGAUGAGGGAAUUACUCUCUACGUUGCUGGAGGGCUGAUAAUAGAGCAUCCUUUAAUAUUUCCAUAUGUCAAAGAAGUGGUAGGCACAACCGAUAGUGUUAUGGGGCUCCCCAAAGACCUGACUGAAAAACUCUUAAAGGCAGUCCUGUAGUGAGCUAUAGAUCCAACUAAUGUGACUGCUAAGCAAUGGCUUAAUCUGUGACUCGUGAUCUCGACAUUUAUCUAGACUCUACUCUAUGUGGCCUCUUUUGGUAACAGUAAUUUUUUUUGCUGGGAUGUGCUGAGACAAUUAUGUUAUGUCUGAAGUUUUAUUGGCUGUUCUGUUUAGUUUGAUAUAUAAUGGAUUUGUCUAUAUUUUACUAUUA